AUGGAAAAAUCGUUCAGCUCUAGCACCCUUUCCAUGCCUAGUUGCUGUGAUACACGAAGGAAGCACGAUGACAGGGAUACUACCAGGUUGCCAAAGCUUAGACAGGGGAAGUCGAGAUCGUGUUUGAACCACGGACAUUCCGAUGUUCAGGACCAGUCAUGUGAAUGCUUCCGUUUGGUCAAAGAUUUAUCUGAACUGCUAAACAAUCAACAGAAGGAAAAUCUACUGGAACAUCUGACCACACAUAUGCGCUUGAGUCACCUGGAGAGUUUACGAUUGACAUCCCGACUUCAUUCCACCUGCAUGGCGCUGUCCGACUGUUAUGAUUUCGUCAAAUGGCUUCCUCCCGAACUGGUACUGCGAAUUUUCUCUUAUCUUCCCUGGGAUGCCCUGAUAGCCUGUUCAAUGGUUAAUCGCGCAUGGUUCCGCGCUGCCCGACAUCCGGAAUUGUACAGAAGGUUGUGUCAACUGCCUGAAUGGUCUCCACCGUUGCUCGACAGGCAGUUGUUUCCGUUCGGUUGUGCUGCUGAUACUGAAGCAGCUCCGUCUACCGGGCAAUCGAGUGACUCAAUCGCAUCUUUAUUGGUAAAUUCUGGGAACGCUUCGGUUGAUUGGUUUGGGAUUUUCCAAAAACGCUCUCGACUGCGCCGGAAUUGGUUGCUGGGCCGACAUAGGAUGCGUCGGUUUACUGGCCAUAAUGAAGCUGUUUAUUGCGUGGCCUAUGAUGCUCAUCGCAUAGUCAGCGGAUCAGCCGAUGCAACCAUCCGUGUAUGGAACGUCCGGACCAAUGCAAACUGGUCUGUACAAACUUUACGUGGACACUCGGAUGCGGUGCGCUGUCUCCAGUUGCUUCCCUUGGACGAUGACAGUGGCACAUCGUCUACAUCGACUCCUUCCAGUCCAGAUUGUUGUUCUAGCCCCACCAGCCCAACGUUGCUGAGUAUAUGGCAACCCCCCGAGGCUCUUCUCAUUUCUGGCAGUGCGGAUACCACAAUCAAACUUUGGCGGCUCUCGACCACCGUCAAGUGGUCACGUAUUGCUUGCACUAGUACACUUCAAGGUCACACGGAUGCCGUUCGAUGUUUACAGGCCGACCAGCAGAAAGUACUGAGUGGUUCGUACGAUUGUACCGUCCGAAUGUGGGAUUUGAAAACAAGCAUGUUACGAUGCACAUUCCGUGGUCAUACAGCGGGAGUUAUUUGUUUGACUUACGACGAAAACUUGCUCUACUCAGGUUCACUGGACAACACGGUGCGAGUCUGGUGCUUAUCCUCCGAAGCAUGUCUUUUCAUACUCUACCGAUCGGUCCUUUCAUCCAGUUCCACACAGUUCUGGCUUACCCCGGUGUCCAGUCUCCAUUUGGAUCGGCUACGUGGUCGACUACUCAUCGCACACCAUGACGGUAUCAUUUUAACAUGGCCCCUGCCCUCCCACUCCCAACUAGUUGACGCUUACGCACAAGCUGUGAACGGGGAGCGUGCCUCGUUCCCCUGGCAACCCGUGGCGGUCUAUCUCACCGAGCAUUUUGAUACCAAUGGCGUCUGUUCCGGCACGGUUGUCCGGUGUAUCGAUGGAGAUACUUGGCACAUUGUAUGUGGAUCAGAUGACAAAACACUGAAGGUCUGGCGUGCUGACAACGAUCAGCUUGUCAAUGUACUACAAGGACAUGAAGAUGGAAUCACAUGUGUCCUCGUGACUUCUUCCGUUUUGAUCUCUGGCUCGUAUGACAAAAGCGUACUUCUAUACGAUUUUGAUAUCACGUGAUCGAGACAUUUAAACUUUUUUUAUUACGGGUUUCCGACAGAUGCCCCUUUCCCCUUGCAUCGCCGAAUUCCCUGUCGCACCUGGCCCUUAGCACUUUCCGUUGUUCUUUUUUCUGGUUUACGCGUCUUUCCGUCUUGCCCCUGACUUCAUACUAGCUAUGUAUUUUUGUUUUCUUACCUAUGAGACGAAAUUCCGAUCAACUUGCUUAGACCUUCGAGGAUCGCUUCUCGACCGCUGCCAUUUAUAUACUUAUUUUUGGAUGUCCUGUGCUGUGCACUUUUUGGUUUGUGCCAUUGUACUUAAUAGGGAAUAAAUG